AUGCCCUUUAGGCCUACCACAGGACUAAGGAUGUCGAAAUACGCUAUUGGAUCUUUGCCUCUGCCUCCUUCAUCCCAUAUUUUAACUCACAAUCUUACUCCGGAUCCGAUUCAACCCUCUGUAUAUGCGUUCUACCAGAACCUGACCUCGAACCCGUCCGCCCAGCGUCGGAGCCGGAUCCUACACCCCUCGAGCCACUUUUCCUACGUCGCCCCACUCCCUUUACCAUUUCCGUACCGAAUUACCCCGCCCGAGGGGGAACAAGACGUCGACAAGGCCGAGCUCAUCGAAGAGUGGUUGAGCAAACAUGAGCCUCUGGAACAAACCUCGCUCGCAUCUGAAUCUGGAAAGCUGAACAAGUAUACCGCUCGUAAUGGGGCCCGGGACCAGAAACGAAUCUUGCUCGCUAUAUCGGCCGCCGGACUCGGUGAUUGUUUACCCCAUCUGGACGUCGGUGAUGCGUUCCAAGUCGUCGGACCCGGAUCUCUGUCCCAGCCUUCGAGUCAAAAAGAAGAAGAGACAAAUAAUGCGGCGAGACAAGAGCUUGUCGACGUAUUGAGGAUAUGCACCGUGGUCGUUGAGGUACUCGGGCCACCAGUUCGGAACGUGGGCUGGCCAGUUAGGAGAUGGAAGAGCGAUUUCGCUAUUGUCUACGCCUCACCCAUCGACCCCUCCACGACAUGGGAGAUCCAAAUCAAAGGCGGUGGACGAACACCGUUCUCGAGAGGUGCGGACGGACUUGCCGUGCUCCGUAGUUCGAUUCGCGAAUUCCUCGGCGCCGAGGCUGUCCAUGCACUGGGUAUCCCAACAACCCGGUCCCUCUCUCUCAUUUCGCUCCCGGACCUCCCCGUCGCGCGCGAACAAAUGGAAUACGCCUCGAUCGCCACUCGUCUCGCACCUUCGUUUAUCCGAAUCGGGAAUUUCCAAACGUUUAACCCGCCCGAAGAGAUAUUCUACUUGUUUGGUGGGGGUGCGGGCGGAAAGAAAGACUGGGAGGGAUUGAGGAUAUUGGGCGAAUGGGUCGUGAAGCGGGUUUUGAAGUUGGAUGUGCAAGAGGGAGAAGCGUGGGGUAAAAAGCUGGUGUUGGAGCAUGGUGUGAUGAAUACGGAUAACAUCUCCAUCCUCGGACUGACGAUUGAUUAUGGUCCAUACGCAUUCAUGGACGUGUAUGACUACAACCAUAUCUGCAACCACUCGGACGACGGAGGGAGGUACUCGUUCAAGAUGCAGCCCACUAUGAUCAUAUUCGCCGUCCUCGGGCCCAACUGGGCAAACGACGCAUCAGAAAAGCAGAUUGAAGAAUGGUCCACAAAGGGCGAAGAAAUGCGCGACGAAGUCGAUGAAGUGAUCAAAAGUACAUUUGAAAAGAAGUAUUGGACACUCGUUAGACAGAGACUCGGCCUGAAGAAGCAAGACUCUCAAGACGUCCAGAAUGUGAUUCAGCCGCUUUUAGAUGUGAUGCAAGCCCAUGGACUAGACUUUCACGGCACAUUCCGAGCAUUAUGUACCUUCCGACCGGAACACCUCGACGAAGACGACGAGUCAGAUUCAAAAGGCAAAAGCCAGGCAUAUAAUUCCACUCUAAAAGACAUCGAAUCUCUCGACCAAGGAGCCGGAAUGACAUGCCCAAUGCCAAGCGGAGACGCUCUCGCAGGCGCACCAAACCAAAUCGUUUCCCCGCUCCAGGAAUCCACACUCGCGGUCCCAGCGCAAAAUAUCACAUACCCAACCCCGCUUGUUGCGCUCUUGGCGAGACUGACACCGGACCUUAUUAGUCCCGCAAGCCGGGAGCGUGCAUGUCGGGACAUCUUGGCGUGGCUUGAGAAAUAUGCGGUUCGGAUUGUGGAGGAUCAAGAGACGGCUGGGUGGAGUUUGGAUGAACGAGAGGAGAGCAUGAAGAGUGUGAAUCCGAGGUUUGUGCUUCGACAAUGGGUGCUUGAGGAGGUUAUUGCUACCGUCGAUAAGGAUAACCUUGCUGGAAGGGCGGCGUUGAUGAAGACUCUUGAGGCAGGUUCAUUUGUUGUUUGGUUCGUUGGAAGUAUCUAA